AUGUCGACUUCCGUGGAUGCCCCGAAUCAAUUCAAGCAGCCUUCCCGUAAGGGUAAGAAGGCGUGGCGCAAGAAUGUCGAUGUCACUGAAGUUCAGGAGGGUUUGCGCCAUCUGAAGGAUGCAGAGAUCAAAGGUGGCGUUCUGACUGAGAAACCUUCUGAUGAACUUUUCACUAUCGAUACCACCGGUAAUGAAGAGGUGCGCAAGUCUAUCGCCAAAAAGCACAAGCCCCUCAAGUCGGACGAGAUUCUCGCCCAGCGCUCUAUGAUCCCCGCAUUGGACGGGCGCAAGCGCGUUAAUCCCAAUGUUACCGAUGGAGUCAUUGAACCGAAAACCAAGAAGCCCAAGAGCGACUGGGUCAGCCGCAAGGAAUACCUGCGCCUGAAGCAAGUCGCCAAGGACGCAAAGCCUCUGGGGAAGAAAACCGAAAAUGAGUUCUACGAUCCCUGGGCGGAAGAUGCGGAGCCCACAACCACAUACGACGACCCUCGCUUUGAUUUCUUGCAGAAGCCCAAGCCCAAGACCGAGCCAAUCACAUUAAAACAUGCCCCGAUCUCCCUUGCUGCCAAUGGAAAGCCCAUCCCAUCUGUUAAGAUGCCUCACGCAGGAACCAGUUACAACCCUGUGUUCGAAGAGUGGGACCAUCUGUUGGAAACCCAUGGUGCUAAGGCAGUAGAGGCCGAAAAGAAGCGCCUGGAAGAAGAGGCAAAGGAAGCCGAGAAGCAGCGCUUGAUCGAAGCGGCCCGAAAUGACGACGGCGAGGUGAAGUCAGAUGAUGAGAGUGCCUGGGAGGGCUUCGAGAGCGAAUACGAGAAGCCCGAGUGGUUGAACAAGAAGCGUCCCGAACGCAAGACCAAGGCCCAACGAAACAAGAUCAAGCGACGCAAGGAAGCGGAGCGGAAAGCGAAGUGGGAGGCUCAGGUGCAAAAGAGAGAAGCACAGGCCGCGCAUAUCGCUAAAAUCACUGAGGAACUUGAGCAAAAGGGCCUUGAGCGCGAGAAUCAGUCAGAUGCGGAUGAUUCUGAAGGCGAUGACACUGCCCUCCGCAAGAAAACCUUUGGUGGCAAGAGAGCUGUUCCCGAGCAGCCAUUGGAAUUGGUGCUUCCUGAUGAAUUGCAAGAUUCUCUACGGCUGUUGAAGCCGGAAGGCAAUCUCUUAGACGACCGAUUCCGCACAUUGAUCGUUCAGGGCAAGCUCGAGUCCCGUACACCCAUCACGCAAGCUCGCAAGGCCAAGAGACAGAUUACGGAGAAGUGGACUGCGAAGGAUUUCCGAACUGGAUACGAAUAA